CACGGGGGUCGGGGAGUGAAGUGCGGUGAAGCUACGAGCGGCUUCAGUGAUGUGUAUAAAAUUUAAUUAUUAGUAUAUUCGAUACAAAAUUAUCUUAUCGAGAUUUAAAAGCAAGAUUUCAGUUGCUUCUUGUAACAAUUUAACAGGUACUAUCGUAUUUAACGUCUUACAUAUACUUUCAUCUAAAAUUCCAUAAGCUUUCGAAUAUCUUGUCUACCCACUGACUGUUUGUGUUUUAAGGUGUGGAAAUUUAACAAGAUACAUAUCGUAGAAAAUAUAUAAAGGUUUAUAUAUGUGGUGAAAAGUGAGAAAUUGUGUUAAAAUACUAUUUGUUAUGUGGUUUAUUCUUGUUCUGAUGUGGCAAACCGGAUUGCACCUAAGUGGAGAAAACGUGACGCUGUUAUAAGAUGGCAUCUGAAAGCACGCGGCGAGCGAGCGGCCGCGCGUCGCUUGUUACUUGUGACACGUCUGUUAAAUUGGAGUAAAGAGGCCCUACCAGGCCAGUAUGGAGGAGAGCAAAAAACGUGUACACGGCACAAAAGUUUCAAAAAUAGCAAAUAUAUUUCAAGGAAUGCCUUCUAGAGACGACGAAGACAUGCGAGGAACAGACGUUACGGUUGUGAGGACUGAGAGCCAUUUGGCUAGGUUUAAUAAUGCUCGCGCGUUAUUUGAAAAAUUAGGUGAAGAAAAUCGUGGUUUCCGGAUUGAAAAGUCACCUUCUGCCGCUGCCAGUUUCGCUGGAACACGCGGUGUGUCACCAGGUGCUCCAUCCCGCUCUCGAUCCAGCUCUGCCGGCUCCGUGAGUCCGCCACGAAGUCAUGGCCCUCCGACUGUGCCAUACGCCUCUGCAAUUAAUGGAGACAAAUUGUCAAAUGGUGCAGCACAACCGCCGCCAAAGCCAGUCAAACCUAGUGUGCUUCCAAAGCCAGAGAAACCUGAUAGAAGGUUUAAUAAAGAGCUAAUAGAAAAGCAGAGAAAUUGGACUUCUCACUUUAAUAAAUCUCGUCCUGCCAAAAGUGAAAACGAGAGGAUAGAAAAUAAAUUUCUAGGCCAAGACCGUAAAUCUCCAGAAGAAACUGAUAGAUAUGUGGUUCCUUCGCGAGUUUAUACUCCGCCUCUUUCUCCAGGUGCGAUUGACACUCAUUUGGAGCGACCUACUACUCUGCCCACUGCUUUAGUGAAUCGAAGCGUACCUGUUGCGAAAUCACCUAGUCCUGUUAAAAACAUCGCACCUGUACUACCUUCUCCUAGAUCUAAUAGUGCGAAAUCACCCACCGUAAGAAGUUCACCAUCACCCAAAGCAGAAAUUCAUUCCGCUGUUAUACAAAUUACAGAAACAAGAAGUUUGGUAACACCUGAAAAAGAUGAUGUGCGGGAAAUAAAACCACUUCCCAGAAUCGAUAUGUACUCUCAUUCUGCUAAAGUUGUGGAGCGUGUAUCGACUAUAACAACGUCAACUACUGUUUUAUCAAGCGAAGGAAAUGUAUCCCCGAUUAAGUUUCACAAAAUAUUACCUUCACCGCCCAUACGAAUGCCGAGAUCUCCACCGCCGCCAGUACCAGAUGAUAAAAGCGCACAUAAUGACAGCAUCUCGCCGGUAACUUCAUUACCUGAAGAAUUAACGCCACCAUUGGAAAGCUUGGAAGAAAAGACGGAUAAAGAAAAAGUUGAUAAAUCCCCUGUGUCCUCUCCUAAAAUAAUACUUGCAGAUGAUGAACCUGUCGGUGCAUUAGUUUCUACAAGACCGGAUGUGUGUGAUGUUGUACUUAGGCCCCAUUUGGAAGAAAACGAGGAGACAUCGCGAUGCAGUGGUGAUUGGGAGGAAAAGGCUAGUCGUAGGUCUUCGACACCGGAGUCACCAGUCAAUGUGAAUGUGGCACAUAGGUCACCACUCACAUCGCCCCUAGCGUCGCCCGUUCACAGCCUGCCACGCUCAACAUCCGAAGCGCCGGUUUCACCAUCCCAAUUAGGCGGAGGUCGGAAAUCGUCCGAGGCAGAUGAGACUGCCGGUACAAGGUCUCGAACGCCUAGCGUCACAGACGAGGGUGGGUUCAAUGAACCCUCACCAGAAGUGGUGGCCAGGCUCCGGCCCGCAGAGUAUCGAGAGCCUCCACUGCCACUCACGCGCGAUAUCCGCGAUGCUGAUCGAGCCAGAUCCGACCCGGAUACAUUAUCUGUUCAGCAGCAGGACUCGGGUGUAGUAGUAAGCGAAGCUAGUCAAGGCUCCAUAGAGGUGCUCGACAAAUCGACCACCAGCCAAUGGAGUGUGUCGGAGGAUAACCCCCCGGAGCCACGCGGCAGUGAUACCGCAGAUUACGACGAUGCAUACGCCAAACAGCCUGACAGUAUGACGCCAGAUGAAGCUGAAAUACUUUUAAGUUCCAGUAUUCUGGAGAAAAAACUUAGGCAAGAAGCUCUGCUGUCUGAUGAGCAGGCGCAAGAGAUAGUGGCGAUGUUGUCGCCGCACGCGCUGCCUCACGAUAACGGCGUCUCGCUCAAUGACAGCUACCAGUCCAUGCUCUCUUACGAGAGCAUGCAGUCAGUGGACGAGAGCUACGAAUUCGUUUCACUGGAAGCGGACGCGGGCGCGGGUGGCGACGCGCGCGUUCAACCGGUACAAAGUGAAGCGGAGAGACCGCUCGAAAGUACGAUACAGAACGAAGUGGAGGCGGAAGCGGAAGCGGAAUCGACAGAACCGGAUAAUGUUUUUGAGAGCUACCCGCCCAGGUCGCUCAGAGAAUUGGCAGAGGAAAAUGGAAUUCACUACUUCGAGGAUGGACACUUUUAUACUGAAGUCGCUGGUCUCCCACCAAUAGAAGAAGAUGAUGAUGAUGAUUACUACCCACCAGUAUUUGUGAAAAAGAGCAGUAGAGUUAAAUUUAGUACGAAUCCAAUGCAAGUGUUUUCAACCCACUCGGUCCGGGAAUACGAUCGCCGCAAUGAAGAUGUGGAUCCGGUGGCUGCGUCUGCUGAAUACGAGCUGGAGAAGAGAGUGGAAAAGAUGCACGUGUUUCCGGUGGAUCUCGUUAAGGGUGCUGACGGACUUGGAUUGUCUAUUAUAGGUAUGGGAGUAGGCGCAGAUGCUGGUUUAGAGAAAUUGGGUAUUUUUGUAAAAACCAUCACUGAGAGUGGGGCCGCCGCAAGAGAUGGACGUAUACAGGUCAACGAUCAGAUUAUAGAGGUUGAUGGGAAGAGCUUGGUUGGUGUAACUCAAGCCUAUGCGGCAUCAGUCCUUCGAAAUACGUCUGGGCCGGUGAAGUUCCUCAUCGGAAGAGAGAAGGAUCCGGAUAACAGUGAAGUGGCCCAUCUUAUUCGACAGUCUCUUGCCGCUGAUAGAGAAAGAGAGGAAAGAGCAAACCGUGAACGGCAAAGGCGACAAGCUGCUGAAGAAGAGGAUACUCAUCCAUCAACUGAAGUUGCGCCUACUGUCCGACAUCCUGAUAUAUUACAGCUCAAGUCACUCGUUAAUGAGCUGAUAGGCAUGGAGGCCGGUGGGGGCAGCGGUGCAGAGAUAACUUGUCGGAUGCGCGAGUGGUGGGCGCAAAGGGCCCCUCCACACGAAGAUGUGGAAACCCUGAGGGAAGCACUAGCGAGGGCUGCAGACUCAGCCACUGCUGCCACGCACAAGUAUGAAAAGGCAAAACGUGCUCUACGCGAAUGGCGACGUACGCGUUCAAUGGUGCGUGCUCGUGAAGAAUGGUGGAGCAAUACGUUGCGAGAGGCCCACAGGGAGUACGCGGCCGCGCUCUCUGCGUUACACGAUCGAGUAGCCAGACUUGAGGUGCUAUUGCUGGAAACGCAGAAAAAGGCAGGUCUCCCGGUAAUGCUACCGCACGAGCCUUCUGCACGUAGAGAGACUCCACCUUUGCCAAGAAAAGCCGACCCAGAUCCGCUACUUAUCAAUGAUCCAUGGAGCUCAGACAGCGAUCUCUCCGAUCUAUCGCCUAUAGAGGAUGAAUACGCCAAAGUGGAUAAGUCAGAGAAACGUAGAGAAGCACCCGAUAUCGGUGACGUGACAGCGACAACUGACGCGACACCUGUCACGAACGUGCCAGUGACGUCUUCGCCUGUCAUCUACGCGACUGUAACGAAUGUGACGUCACCGCCCGUCACGCACGUGUCGGCGUCGGUCAACUCUACCUUUGUCACGAACGUGGCAGUUACAUCUGCGCAUACCACAGUCACGGAAACUAUGAGUGGAGGCAGCAUAUGCACAAGCGUGACGUCAGCGAGCGAAGCCGGCUUGUCCCGCGAAUUGGACGCGGCCGUACCACGCUCGUCGUUGCUGGACACGUCCGUACACCGCGCCCGGACCGAGAUCGCUAGACAUAGACAUCACGCGCCGCACAGCCACGCAUCCCAAUCGCCGCAUUCGCUUAGCAAUGCCAGUUCGUAUGACGGCUUGGACGACUCAUACAAUGACUCAGCAGAUGAGUCUUUGAGCGAGUCCACUUCAGGAGCACCACCGCACGCAUCACACGUAUCUCGCGAUAACCGUCAAAGCUGUGGUAGUUCCGUGGGCAGUGCUACAGAUGAUGGACUUUAUUCACGAGAUCUCAGACACCAUCAACUAACGGGACCCGCCGCGUCUCUCGCCGAGCAGUUGAAGCAAGUGCUGGCUGAAAGAGAACGACGACUAGCAGGUUCCUCGCCCCAACCGUCCCACCCCGUGGGGCAUGGGACUCACCCAGGGGGCCAUGGGGCACAUCUCGGGCACCAGACCCACUCUUUACCCCAUCCAGAUCCCGUGCAACUGACUAACGAACUCGUCGAUGAAAUACGACAAGCCGUUAGUGAAGCGAACGCUAGAGUGAAGAAAGCUCCGACUUGUGUAGUGGACGGCGAAGUGUGGGAGCCGAUUUCGACGGCAGUUAGCGAGGCCAGUCUUUCGCCGCAGCCUCAUCCCACGCCUGUUAACCUCUGGUCUAAACAACAGGUCUGGCAAUGGGUUUCUAGUCUUAGCGAGGGCUUAGAUCGUCACGCUGGCGCCUUCGCCACACGUGGUGUUGACGGAGCCCUGCUUUUGACCCUGGCCUCUGCAGACCUCAAGCUUCUGGGUCUAGGUGGAGACGAUCGCCGUCGAAUGAAGCGACGCCUCAAAGAACUACGCAACGCUCACGAGAAACACCUAAAAGCCAUCAAGAAGGCAGAAAAGAAGGCCAAGAAGAAGUAGAGUAUGAGAUGCAGCUGUUUUGGACGUUUGUGGAUUUUAUUUCUUAAAUUUGUGUGCUAAAACGAGUUUUACUCUCUCGACGUAACUUUAGGGCGCUGUCUUGUUUACAUUAAAAAAACGCGUAAUAAUUUGUAAGUUAACUAAACGCGAAUACCUAGUCUCGGUAUGUUUUUGGUUUAAAUAUAGUCUUUUUGAGUUAGUUUCUGCUUAGGUAAAUGUAAAAUUCAGUGUUAUGUCGUGUGAACUGUUAGCGUAAGAUUAGUCAAAUAUGUCAGCGCUAAUUAACAAAUAUGUCGAAGAUUUUCGAUAUUUCGUUUGAUACUUUAUGUAUUUGCCAUUGUAAUAGUUGGAUGGUGAACUAUAUGACUGACGUUAACAAUGAUUAUUGGCUAUUAGCGGUGCCAUCUGAAUAGUUUGUAGUGAAUAAGAGGCGUAACGCUCGCUUUGAACGAUGAAACGAAAGCUGAACGAAUCUGUAAGAAAUAAUAUAUAACACCCAACCAAUGGAAAUAGAUAACCAAAGGUACAUAUAUAGUAUAAAUACACCUUAAUAUAUUUUCAAUACUGAACUUCUUCGUUGUUCCUACAUUUUGUAUUUGUGUCAGUUUUUCUAUGUUUUGGUGUGCGAUUGUGUAUGAAUACUGGCUCAAUCUAGUCAUAAGAUCAACUUGUAAGAUUAACGCGAUAUUCAAUACACUAUAAUACUUCAUGAAUUUUCUCUAGAAUGUAUAACAUUAGUAUAUGUAUUCAUCGAUCGAUUAUGACUAUACUUACUCAUUAGCGAUUACAAUCGAAUUGAUUUCUCUAUGGCAUUUGUAAAUUGUAUUUAUUGCACAAAAUGUACUUAGUGGCCGGGUGACUGACUUAAUGUUUGGUGAUCUCAUGAAGUAAAGAUUUGUCACCGACCCCGAUAGGCAAAUUGGGUAUGUCUUUACUGUGCUGAAUAUUUAGAUAUUUGAAGAUAGAUUUUGUCCUAAUUAAACGAGUUUGAAAUAUUCAUCUCAAUAGUUUCUGUAGUCGAUCGGCUUAUGAUAAAGUAUUAAUUUUCAUUUAAUUUUUAUCCAUAAAAGUUACGGAACUGCAAAUUUAGUGUAGUAAAGGUUUUACCCAUAUCUUCAUGAUUUGUAACAUUCCAGCAAAUUAUUUCUUUACAUAAGUAUUACGUAACACUCUUUGUGGCUAGAUUAUUUUCUAUUCUUUCUCUUACACAUUCUUCUAAGCUAUGUAUUUUGAACUUUAUAUUUUUUAGCAUUUUCGUGGUCUAGCUUCAAAGAGACAUUCUGCACGAUUUUAUUAUUUUGACAAGCUUUAUUCUAGACGAUUAGUUUAUGUAAUAUUAUUGUCUGCGUUUAUACUGUGCGUGUUUGGUUUCUUAUGAAAUAUAAUGUAAAUAUAGUCUCAAUAUCGACUGAAUGAAGACAUGUUGAGUGCUCGAUGUCCCCAAUUAAAUAUUGGUUACAAAUUGUUUGUAUAAUUAGUUUAAACCGUUAACAAUUGCCAAAACGAAUGUGUAAUUUUUUAUUAAUGUUAUUUGUUUUUGUUCUUAAAUAUAAUUUCCUUAAAUUAUUUAAAUAUUUAUUUUGGGACCAAAUUAAGUUAUUAUGUACUUGCAAUUUAUUUAUGUAUUU